AUGCAAUGUGAUCUGUUCGAGGAAAUUUGUAAAAGUUCAGGGGACGGGGAUGCAGAAGAUGAUGAUGGUGACCUUUGUGUUGAAGAAGAAAUGAAUACCUUUCUUGGUGAACUUUCUGAGGAACUGCAAUCACCAGGAACGAGUCAUCCGAAGCGCCAGAAACGGCCAGCUUCUGCCUCUCCGGAACCUGGGGCACCGGCUUCCCCUGUGGCUGAGCAAUCGCAGGGGCGCGAAAAUGGCUCCACUCAGAGUCCUGGUCCAACAGGCAGGAGCGCUCCGCGUGCUGCGCAUGCUGCAGGCAAAUCUGCUCGUGGAGCCGAUGGCAGUUUCAGAGGACCUGCUUGGUUGCGUGUGUCGUUCCUGCUACCGCUGGCGGUGUUGGCGUGUGUUGCAGUUUACUGA